AUGGUCACAAUAUUAAUAGUGCACAAGGGUACUACCCACAACACCACGCCGCCAGCUGCUAGCCGAAGGUUCCGAGCGCGGGGUGAUACGCGCUGAGAAACUUUCGACGAGCUUUUCCUCAGCAUCCUGUGGAGUUUAGCAGAAUUUCAUUUUCGAUUCCGAGAACUUUCACCUAGGCCUAUCCACUCACGAAGUCUCAAUUCUCAACUCGUUGUCAAGCGGAGACCAUGCCCUAGUCAGAAGCUCCAAAAUAUAGUGAGCUGAGAUUAUUUUCACUUGGAGAUUUUUGCGAAAUCAAAAAACUUCAAGGUUUUGGAUAUGACUUCUAUCGAUUCUUGCAGGACAUCAUGGUUGGGUGGUGCCUCCUCAAAGGAGCGUAUGGUCGUCCUUCUUUUGAGGAAAUCUCAAAGUGUAAGGUCCUCAAAAAACCUCUCUGUCGCUCAAAAAAAACCCGAGAUUAAUGGAUGCCGCUGGUACAGCUUCACAGAAGUACUUUUUCCUAAAAUCCUUUCUUUCUCUGCAUGAAAUCUACUUUUUGUUUUUUUUUAACUCGCUUUUUUUUGACAUCUUUGAUUAUACAGUGCAAAUCCCGAUGAUUCUCUCUCUUAAAGUUCUGAUCUCUCUGCAUCUCCUAAUUUUUCUUCCGAGACCAAACUCUGUUUUUUUAUUCAAAUCAUACAUAAAGUUCUUUUUGAUCUGUUAGUUGAUCGAUUCAACGCUCAUAAAUCAAAAAAUACUUCAUUUCUACGUUUUGCUUUCCGUCCAUUCUUUUGGCGUCUGUUUUUCCUCCUUUGCUAUUAACUUUUGGCUGGAAGAAUCAAGCUCCAAAACCAGUACAGGUUGAAAGGAGGAACUUGCAAAUGAUUCUUUUCCACUUGCCAUUUUUAGCGUUUUACUUGUUUCUUUUUUUUUGCCUCACAAUCUCGGUUUUCUUUGACGUUUGUUCAAUUUUCCUGAUUUUUUGAUUAUCACUUAGCUGCAAAUAAGUCAGUAUUCAUUCAGAAUGGCUUUUUCUUUUUCCGAACCGCCCGGAUUCACUAUCCCAGAGCUCGAACUUGCCAUAUUCAUUCUUUUUUCACUUAUCUUCAUUUCUGGCUUUCUUAUUUUGAUAGACUUUCCAAAGGUCUCCCGAGUGAAACUUCGAACAUCCCCGUGAGCAUAUUCUCGUGUUUGUCUUUUCAUCUGAUGUUGCCUCUUAUUUAAUCAUGUUUCAUGGAUUUAUUUUUCAUAUGAAUGAAGAAUGAAGUGUUGUUGCGGAAUUUUCUUAUUUUGUUAAAAUGUCAGUUCAAUUUCUGUUGUACUUGUAUUCACAUUUGCUUAUAAAAAAAACGACCAGAACGAUACGAAAGCUUGCUCAGUUCGUCAAUUUAUGUAUUUACUUGAAACUUUUUAAAGACCAUUUUGCGUUGAGUAGACCGUUUUUUUCGAACUUACAGGUAAUAUUUAUGUUGUAUGAUUUGUAUCAUUGAAUUUCUCAAAAUUUGCUAUAAUUUUUAUAGAAUGGCUCCAGUUUUAAGAAAGAGAGUUCAAGAAAUAAAAGUGAAUGGCAAGGCAGGUUUUUUUAACGCAAUGAUUUAACUUAAAAUUUUUUUCAGUCGGUUGAAAGAACUAGCGACGGCAAGCUGAAAGUGGAGAAAGAGAAAAUGUUAGUUUUUUCGAGACCAAAUUUUUUCAAAGAUUUCGGCUUUGCAGAAUUUUCGCUUUCUCCAAAAGUAAGUCCGGCGGUGACUACGACAGCCGGUAAGAAUCUUAUAUCAAUAAUAAUAUCAUGAGAAAGAUUUUUUUGGAAUUAGUUCACUUGCGAAAUAAUUUGUUCAAUGUUCCAUAGCUUGUUCUGAAAGCAGAAAAAUAAUGAAAAAAAUGAAAUCUGCAAUCAAAAAACAUAUAACUUCUGAGAAGUUUUAUCAAAUUUUCAGCCUAAUUAAAAAUAAGGUUGCGUGUAAGUAGGGUUCAGUCGGUUGCAAUCUAACAAAAAAAAAGUGAGAUGAAAAAAAUGUGACGCAUCGAGAUAUGAAAAAAUGUCCGAAGACAUGAUUUGAUAAUUUUGAACUACAAAAUGUUUUCAGAUUCAAAAAACUUUUCACUUACACCGGAUAUCUGGGGAUGGGCGGCCACGGAAUUGUCAUGAGGGUCCGCAGAAAUUCGGACGGCCAGGAGUUUGCCCUCAAAAGAAUCCGCACAACAGACAAGUUUGUCGAUUUUUCUGCGUAAACUUUCUUAAAAGUGGAUAUCUUUGGGGUUUUUUUGAAGAUUUAGGAAAAAGUAAAUUUAUUUUAUGAGUAACCUCAAAGGACAGGAAUUCAAAUGUGCCAGAAAAAACUUUCGAAAGUCUCACUCUGCCCAAGUUUUUACUUUUCCAGAAGAGAUACCUAGAAGUCGAAGGACCUUUUGAAAAAUAGCCAUUUUGAAGUUUUUCAUCCAUUUAUUUCUUGUGAACAAGGAAGUUGUGCAAGUUGAUAGUCUCAGAACCUUUUUCGGAUACAUCCAGAAGCUUUCCGGCCAUAUUUCGAAUAGUUUCCAGAUCUAAAUUAAAGCCCUUUGUGAGAUGAAACCACAGAACAAGAAGUUCGAAGAAUAAUCAUUUGAUCGAUUUUUAUGAAACCAUUUUUCAGCCCACGCCGAAUUGCUCGCUGCGAACGUGAAGUGAGAGUUUUGCGGUCGCUGGAGCAUCCCCAAUUUUUGGAAUACAUCGAUUCAUGGGGCGAGCGUCCUCCGAAAAAUUGGCAGGUUUUUCAGAAAUUUUUUCUCGCAGAAACGAAUUUUUAUCAGGAGAAUGAGGACAAGAAAAUGCUUCCCGAGGAACAUUUCGAAUGUAUAGCAAAAGCCGGAAUAUUCAAAAAAGUUUGAUUUACUUAGAACCUAACCCGUGAAAGACUUUUUUUAACUUUUUCCAUUUUUCUGAUUCGGACUUUUUUCAGAUAGACAGCCCCGUAUAUUUAUAUAUUCUCAUGACGGUUAGUUUCUAAUGCGACGGAACGAUUUCAAAAAUUCAAAAUUAAGUUGUGCGAAGAUACACACCUGGCACAUUGGCUUGUGGACAAUCCAAAAAGAGGAUCAGAGACCUUCCCUGAAAAUCAAGAGCUGGAUGCGUCAAAUUGCAGUGGCGAUGACAUAUUUUCACGAAAAAGGGUUUAUUCAUCGCGACUUGAAGGUAAUUAUUAAUUUUUUUGAGGCUCGGUUACCCUCCAUGCGCCAUAAUUUUCGAGUUCUAAAAGUUCAAAGCAAAUAAGAAGGUUUUCUCUUUUUUUUUUCAAUCUACCGUAACCUUAGAAAGCAUUUUCUCAAUCGGAAUGAGGAAAAGGGCAAAUCAGAGUCAGCAGUUUUCAGAAGUUUGCGCGAAAAAUUGCGACUGGACUUUUGAAGAAAGUUCGAGACGUUUCUCCGAAAAAUUGAACUUUUGAGUAAACAACGUUUCUUUUUGAUUAGGGGUCAUCUCAAACGAAAAAUACCGACUUUUUCCAUUCCAGAACAAAAAAAUCCAAUUUAAUUAAUUCCAGCCGGGAAAUAUUUUCUUUUCUCGUGGAAUUUGGGAAGAAGACGGCCGGAUCAUCAUUGGCGACAUGGGCCUGGCGACGGUUCCCAAUUCGAAGAAAGCUGAGCUCAAGGGUCUUUUCGGAAAGCCGGAUGAUUUUGCAACAAACGCACGGGGAACUUACGUCUAUCAGGCUCCUGAACAGGUGAAAAAUGCUUCAAGAAACUUUGAACAAUUGACUUUUAGCGUUUUGGCGAUGAUAUCGACGAAAAAGUUGAUGUUUUCGCUUUCGGUCUUAUAUGCGCAGAGCUCCUCAAGCCGUUCCCAUCGCAUAGAGUUCGGAAUCAGUUUUUCGAAAGAAUCCGCCGCAAUGGGGAUGAUCUUUUCGAGAAGGACAGAAAUGCGGUAAGUAUUUUAGCAUUGAAAUAAAGUUUUUCGAGAAAAAUUAAUUCGGCAAAUGAGUCGUCAAGUUUGUUUUUUGUUCUGUUUUCUAAACUCACUCAGAAACCGUCAAAGAAGUUGGAUAAAGUAGUGAAAAAACUAAAAAUCAACUGGAAGUGGCUACAAUUCUUUAAAAACUCAGACUCUUUUUAAAAUCCCCCAUGACUCAAAAUUUUCCAAGAAAAUUUUAAAACAAUCUUGCGACAACAUUUAGGAAAUUUUUUUAUGGUUCAAAAAAAUCCAUUUUAAGGUUAGACCGUUCCUGGUUAGAAGUUUUUCACAUAAAUGUUCCUAUCUUUCAGGAGAGAUUCAUCAAAUGGUGCACCAAUAAGGAUCCGGAAGAUCGUCCGUCGUUCGAACAAAUCGUGGCUUCUACGUAUUUGGCUGAUGUUGCUCUCUGA